AUGACAUCGAGUUCAGAUAGUAAGUUUGACGGAAAGAUCAAUGAAACAGUUCUACAAGAACAAACAACUGAAGAUUCAAACCAAUUCAAUUCUAGCCAAUUGGAUUCUAAUCAACCCGAUUCUAAUCAACCUGAUCUUAAAAAUUAUGAUUUAUACCAUAAGGAUGCAGGUGUCAAUAAUAUUGAAGUAUAUGCCGAACAAUAUAGUAGUCCGAUCUACAGAGUAAUGCUUUUCUUUUCAUUAUUUUUAGUAGCAUAUGCAUAUGGUCUAGAUGGUAGUGUUCGUUAUACCUAUCAGGCUCAAGCCACUUCUUCUUAUUCUCAACAUUCUUUACUAUCGACAGUCAAUGCUAUCACUACUGUCAUUGCCGCUGCAGGUCAAAUUUGUUAUGCCAGAGCAUCUGAUAUUUUUGGUAGAAUGACAAUUCUAAUUAUUGGUUUAGUAUUCUAUGCCGUAGGUACAAUUAUCGAAUCUCAAGCUACUAAUGUUACUAGAUUCGCUGUCGGUAGUUGUUUUUAUCAACUAGGUUAUACAGGUGUUAUUUUAAGUUUGGAAUUAAUAGCAAUGGAUUUUUCUAAUUUGAAUUGGAGAUUGUUCGCAUCUUUUGUUCCUGCCUUACCUUUUAUUAUCAAUACCUGGAUUUCUGGUAAUGUGUCAGGUGCUGUCGGUCAACACUGGAAGUGGGGGAUUGGUAUGUGGGCCUUCAUUGUGCCAUUAUCAGCAAUUCCAUUGGGAUGCUGUUUGUUACACAUGAGAUGGUUGGCACAUAAAAAUGCUAAGGACAGAUUGAAAAGUGAAUUCAGAACAUACAGAGACAUGGGUUGGUUUGCAUAUAUUGUUGAUGUUUUCUUAUGGAAGUUAGAUUUCAUUGGUUUGUUAUUACUGUGUGCAACAUUCGGUUGUAUUUUGGUACCUUUCACAUUAGCCGGUGGAUUGCAAGAUAAAUGGAAAACUGCCCAUAUUAUUGUCCCAGAAGUAAUUGGUUGGUGUGUUGCACUUCCUAUUUUCUUACUAUGGGAAAUAAAGUUUUCUAAAGUCCCUCUAACUCCAUGGGCAUUGAUUAAGGACAGGGGUAUCUUUUUUGCUUUGGUUAUAGCAUUCCAUAUUAAUUUCAUCUGGUACAUGCAAGGUGAUUACAUGUAUACCGUUUUAAUUGUUAGUGUCAAUGAAUCGAUCAAAUCUGCUACAAGAAUCACAUCGUUAUAUUCAUUUGUUUCCGUUAUUACAGGUACUUUGUUGGGUUUGGUGAUCAUUAAAGUCAGAAGAACUAAACCAUUUAUCAUUUUUGGUGUCAGUUGUUGGUUCAUUGCAUUUGGUCUGUUGGUUCACUACCGUGGUAGUUCUUCUUCUCAUUCUGGUAUUGUUGGUUCUUUAUGCCUAUUAGGUUUUGGUGCCGGUUUUUUCACUUACACAACUCAAGCAUCUAUUCAAGCAUCUGUGAAAUAUCAUUCAAAGAUGGCAGUCAUUACUGCAUUGUACCUUGCUAUGUAUAAUAUUGGUUCUGCUGUUGGUGCCGCAGUUUCUGGUGCUAUCUGGACAAAUGUGUUGCCAAAGCAAAUUUCCAAAAGAAUUGCAAACGAAACAUUAGCAGCUGAGGCAUAUGGUUCGCCAUUUACAUUUAUUUUAACAUAUACCUGGGACACUCCAGAAAGACAAGCAGUUGUUGUUUCAUAUCGUUAUACUCAAAAGAUUUUGUGUAUAGUUGGUUUAUGUUUUUGUUCUACAUUAUUAGGGGCUGCCUUGUUCUUAAGAAAUCACAAAUUAGAGAGUGUCGUUGCAUUAAGUGAAUUAGAGAACACUCCAAAUUCAGAUGAACAAGGAAGCUUUGCGGAUAAUGACAAGAACGUGAACUAA